GCAUGACGAGCGAGCGGAGCGGGCAGGGCGCGGCCAACCAGCUGCCGGUUCCCUCUGCCCCGAGAACCACGCACUCCACGCCUCGCCCGUCGACGCUGCCCUCCACUGGCCCAGCGUCCACCGGGAACACCAGCAGCAGCGCAGGCGCAGUGGUGAGCAAGGUCAAGAACGGGUCGGCUGUGGUGGCGUCCGUGCUCUCGGACAACGGCCGACCUCACAUCAUGGUCCACUCGUCCCUCACCAGACUCGAGGUCAACGACGAGCAGCUGGAGAUGGAGGCCAGGGAGCAGGACGCACAGGCGUCGGGGGCGGUGCUGGCUCUUGCCAUGGGUGUGUGCAUCACGGCCCUCCUGGUGGUGCUCGUCGGGUGCCGCCUCCGGGGCGUGCGGCGGCGCCUCCGGAGACACAGAGGCUCCAAGUCGCUCUACGCCCACGACGCCGACUACCUUGUGAAUGGGAUGUACCUGUGAGGCGAUCGCGGCGUAGGAGCAGAUGUUAUGACAUAGUUGUAAUCGGGAGCGUAACUACUGGAAGACCGGAGGCAGUUCCCAUCCUGCCCUGGGAAGCCCAACCCGUCGGGCGCGGAGAGCGGCGCCACCAAUCCGACGGACGCGGCUGUGAAGCAGCACCGACUCCAGUGUGUGCUUUGACGAGAAGUGUGCUUGGUAACAAAACUGUAAAUGAUUGUGUCUUUUGUCCUUAUAUUGUGGAGCUUUGGAGUAUUUUAUGCACAUGAUAUAACCGUCAGAUCAAACCUUAAUUAAAAAGAUAAUGCAAAAUUAUAAUAAGACACAAUGAAUGUAAUAAUUUCGUCGGGUUCAGGAAAAAUCGGAUGAUAAUUCUGACGCCCGC